GUUACGAGCCCUCGGACCAAAACACGAGUCCUGUGCCCACGGUGGAACUCGGAGCCUGGAGCCCGAUCAUGAACGGGACUAGCCUCGCCUCGGAGCGGGUUCUGCGGCUUUAAGGCCCGGAGAAAGCGGCUGAUCUGUGGAAGAGUCCGGAGCCCCGCCGCUGCGUGGGGAUCACGGUUUGCCAGUAAAGCCGCCAUGCUCAGCCCACCCCCCCUGCCCACAGAGGAGCUCUCGUAAUCGGAGGAGCUGCUCUGCCUCUCCUCUCGUCUGCGACUCUGGAUCUCUGGAGCCAUGACAGGUCCAAAUUCCCCUAACAGAACCAGCACCAACUCGGCCAAACUCAGUAGACACGGCAGGUCUAAAAGCUCCAGCGCUCACUGCCUGCUGAGCCGUUGCAGCACCCGUGCGGAGAGCUCGGUGUGCCCAGGGACCGCACACUCACCUGGGGAGGACGAGGAGAAGGAGGGGGGCGUCCAGUUCUAUGUCAAUCGCUCUGGGUUUCCCAUAGAGGCUCAGACCUGGGACCAGAUGUGGAAUCAUGUGGGAGCGGUGCAUCCAGAGGGACAGGACAUGGUGGAGCGCAUACGCAACGCCACCUACCUGCCAAAGCCUCCUGUUCCAUCAGUGCCAAACUUCAAACCCUCCAUGUCCAUUGCAGACUGGCUCAUCGUGGUGCAGAACUACAUGAAGGCACUGCAAUACAAUCACACAGGGACACAGUUCUUUGAGAUUAAGAAGAGCCGACCACUCUGCGGUCUGAUGGAGACGGCGCGAGAGAUGAUUCGAGAGUCUUUGCCCAUAAAGUGUCUGGAGGCAGUGAUCCUGGGAGUAUACCUGACAAACGGCCUGACAUCUCUGGAGCGGUUCCCCAUCAGUUUUAAGACUCAGUUCUCGGGUCACUGCUUCCAUCAUGUGGUUCUGGGGGUCUACUGUAACGGGAGGUACGGCUCUUUAGGGAUGAGCCGGAGACAGGAUCUUAUGGACAAGCCGCUGAGCUACAGGACGCUGGGGGACUUGGUCGGGGAGUUUGAGAGCUCAUAUAAGAGAUACCAACACACAAUUAAGAAGGUGAAGAUCGGCCUGUAUGUUCCACAUGACCCUCACGUGUUCCAGCCCAUCGAGUGGAAACAUCUGGUCCUGAACGCGGCGCGACUUGGAGCUCUGGAGAUGAAGAAGGAGCUCGAGAAGCACGGGCGCGAUAUGAGGAUGAAGAUCCUGAAGUCGUCAAGUGCUCAGUCUCCUAUCAAAGAGCGUUGCCGAGGGAAGUCUUUGUCUCCACGGCGACGACAGAGCGGCAGCCCUCAGCGACGGCCGACGAGGAGAGACAAGUCGCCAGCAUCUGUGGACCGAAAACCUGCAGAGCUCAGUACACUCAGCGAUGGAUACCAAAUACGGAUUUAACUUUUCAAUUUAAAUAAACCGUCUUUUAAACAACACGAUAAACACGACCUGCAGGAAGUGAAGACAGAAUGGAAAAACUGAAGUAAACUUCAAAUUUUCAACUUUUAAAAUUUGAAAUCUACAUCUGCACAAAAUGAAAUGCCAAGAUGCAACAGCACAAGUUUGGAUUUUUUCUCAAAGUUCUUUCGUUUUUCUGGACUGUGAGGCUCUGUGCACAACAAUGCGCGGCUAGUUUAUCGUUAGC